AUGAACACUUUCACGUUCUCAUUUGAUUAUUGGUGGAAACCUAAACAAUCUAGCCUAUUGUACGAUGACCCUCAGGCAACGUCAAAUACAAUUGCUACACAUAGCGGUAAUGAUAGCCGUUAUUCUGUUCGUUUUAUUAUUAUUAAUCGUAUUAUUGGUCUUCUUUGUCUUGUGUCUGCUAUUGCUCUUACCAUUAGCGGUACUGUUGGUCUUCGUGAUUACGGUUUUUCUAAUGAGCCUCUUAUUGCUGGUAUUGUUCUUUUUGGUGUUGGUGGUGUUCUUAUUAUUGUUGCUUGUGUUGCGGCUAGUUCGCAAUAG